AUUUUUGUGUGUUUGUCAGGCUUCAGAGGAGGCGUCGAAAUGUCUGGUGGCGAUGAAGGAGAUCCUGUACGGCACUAACGACAAGGAGCCACACACAGAAACGGUGGCCCAACUGGCCCAAGAGCUCUACAACAGCGGCCUGCUCAUCUCACUGGUGGAAAACCUGCAGGUCAUCGAUUUUGAGGGUAAAAAGGACGUUUGUCAGAUCUUCAACAACAUCCUGCGCAGGCAGAUCGGGACCCGCAGCCCAACGGUGGAAUAUUUCUGCUCUCAUCAGGAAGUUCUUUUCAUCUUACUCAAAGGGUAUGAGACUCCUCAGGUGGCAUUGAAUUGUGGGAUUAUGCUGCGUGAGUGCAUCCGGCAUGAACCUCUCGCCAAAAUCGUCCUCCACUCUGAACACUUUAAAGAUUUCUUCAGCUAUGUGGAGAUGUCCACAUUUGACAUCGCCUCUGACGCGUUUGCCACCUUCAAGGAUCUGCUCACAAGACACAAGGUUCUGGUGGCGGAAUUUUUAGAACAGAACUAUGACGCGGUUUUUGAUAACUAUGAGAAACUGCUUCACUCUGAGAACUACGUGACCAAGAGACAGUCGUUGAAGCUGCUGGGUGAACUGCUCCUGGACAGACACAACUUCACAGUCAUGACACGGUACAUCAGUAAACCAGAGAACCUGAAGCUCAUGAUGAACCUCCUGAGAGACAAGAGCCCCAACAUUCAGUUUGAGGCUUUCCAUGUCUUCAAGGUGUUUGUGGCCAAUCCAAAUAAAACACAGCCCAUCGUAGACAUUCUAUUGAAGAACCAAACGAAACUCAUCGACUUCCUUAGCAACUUUCAGAAGGAUCGCACAGACGACGAGCAGUUUAACGACGAAAAGACGUACCUCGUCAAACAAAUACGAGACCUAAAGAAGCCAGCCUCCUAAACUCUAGCUAUUGCAGUAUUAAGGAAAAAAAACAAAAAACACAAAAAAUAUAUUAACAAUAAUAAUUCUAUUUAAAAUCUUGAAAAACGUGUCUUUUCUUAGUUCUGAUGCUUACAAAAGAAAGUUCCGGAUCAUUGAUGUUCUCUGUUCUUAUUUGCUUUUCUUUUUCUUCCUUUCAUGUUUUAUUGCAAUCUCUUGUGCCAUGAUAGGAUGUUUUAAAAGUAAGAAUCAGCCAGUUUGAGUUAUGGGAAGAACCAUCUAAGAACAUCAAGACACCGUGCAGAUGAGGAAGUACAGGUAAACUUUCAUUUUCCGUUUCCGGGUGUUUUUCGCGAGCAUGGACACUCUACGUUCUCCAUGGUACCAACAGCGCCACAACACGGCAGUUUCGCUAUGCUAGAAGAGAUUGUGUUGUUUGGAUAUUGCUGGAAAAGAGGUGAAAUUCCCAAAAGAUUAAUUAUGAGCUGUUGAUUUUCUCUUGAUGACUUGUAACUGCACUAAUCUUUUCAUGGCCUUUCUCAUUCGCCCGAACACUACAAACCUGAUGAUUUCCUCCCUGUUCUUUUUAUUCUGUUCGUGUUUUAUAAGAAUUAUUUAGAAGGAUGAAUUCAUUUAUCAGUAUUUUAAUGAUUGUUUAUCUGAGCUGAAACAGAAAGAGCAUCUGUGGGUCUUCAUGUACAUUCUGAGUUGCUGCCAGGCCGUUUCUCUCACCAGAAAGCAUUGCUAUUUUGUUUUUAUAUAUUUUUAUUUGAUGUUUACCUACAUUUUAAAAAAGACAAGCGCUGAUUUUACUCUCAAGGUGGUUGCCGUUUUAGAAGAAUCUUGAAAAAUCAACUUUGGCACUAAGUGAACCAGUGUAUAUUCCAACUCGUAGAUUUCCUGUAGAUCAGUGAGGUAUAGCUAUAGUGCUGUGGUAUUACUAUUGUAUGCUCUAUACUAUAGUAACCCUAGUGCUAUAGUAUUUCUUAACUUUAGUACAUCAUACUAAAGUACUUUUUAUACUGUAGUGCAGUUGUAGUAUAAUAUUCAUUUCUGUACUAUUGUAUACCUUUUACUGUAGUAUAUUUCGUGCUAUAACCCAUGAUUCAUCUGUCUUUGAUGAUUUUGACAGAAGUAGAUUGUUGCAUAGUUGAAAAACAAGAUGAAAUGAGGACACAAAUGUACAAACAGGUGCCUUUUGUUCUUGAGUUGUUCAUUUACUAUUUUGCUCAUUUUUUUUAUUUGAGAAGAAAUUUUGGAAGGGGGAGCUUAAUUUCUUUUUAUUGUUUUGAAUAUGUUCUCAUUGAGCAUAUUUAGCUUUAUUAAGCAAUGAACCUCUUUAACUCACUAUAUUUGAGUUAUGCUGUUGAAGAAAAUUCAUUAAAUUUCAUUCUUUUUUCCUCUAUAGUACAUUGAUUGUUUUAUUGCGAUCGCCUUUAGGUUUAUGGGAUGAAAUAUGCUUUGGUGGUUAAGACCCAUCACUCACCGUGUGAAACAAAUUCAUUUGUACUCUAAAGCAACUAUUUUCAAAUUAUUCGCAUGAAGCCAAAUUUAUUCAAUAUAUUUGUCAGCAGUUACAUUGAAGAUGCCAAAACAUGUUCAAAAUUUGAAUUUCAAUUUUUCCUACUACACAUACAGGUGCAGUUUCCAUCUGAAAUGCUAAUAGUACCAUUUCAAUAAAGACCAACUGAAGCAUUA